GAGAUACCUCAAUUCAAGUGCGCAGCAGGCAGUGUAUCAACGUACCCAUCAUGUUGUGAGCUCUAAUGUCUCUUGAAAGUUGACCUAGCCGUUUUCUCCGCCCCUUCAAUGUUCAUUCAUCCUGACUUCCAUUUCCGCUUUCCAGACGCGCACUCACCGGCACCACCAGCACCAAGACCACGACACACAACCUAUUCUUCUUCGCCCAUGCCCACCACGCCAACGCCCGCCCUCCUCCCCUUGUGCUCGUCCGUUCGCCCAGUUUCUCCACAAUUGGUCUCCUCCUCCUCCUCCUCCUCCUCCUCCUCCUCCUCCUCCCCCCCACGGACGAAAACAAGUGCAUCGGCUGGCCAUCCCUCGGAACCUCGUCACUUUUCGACCACAACGUCCACCACUGACUGACUGCGGCGACUUGUUUUUAUCUCGGUUCCCAGCUUGUUUCUCCGUCCCUCCUUCCCUUUCUCCCUUCCCUCCCGUCAUUUGUGCUUUUGGUCGGAAAAAUCAACAACAGACACCAAACCUUGCCAGCAGCUUCCUCAUCUUCAAUGUAGGAAGACGCUUUCCAACACGAGACAUACCGUCAUCAGCCGAAUCCCCCCCCGACUCCACCAACCGCCACUGCACCAUAAACUCACUGUACCUUCUGCACCCGCACCGUACGAGCCACUUUGUGCACGACUCGGGAACACAAGCCCGAGGACCCUUGGAGUCCUUGUUGUCAAGCCUAUUAGCGAUACCCCGACGCCAAAAGACACUGCACCGCGCUGUUUUUGCCCAUUAAUCUGCGGCCCAGUCCUAUGCACACUUAGAGACACACGGCCACCACACCACAGAAACCACAGGGCACAUUCUUCGCUGGGUGGUCACUGAACAUUGCACUUACUACGCUUUGAGGUGCACCCUUCUUCCCUUAUCCUUAACCAUCCCCCUCCCCCAAGUUUAAAAAAAAAAAAAAAAAACACCUGGGACCAAUUCCGAAUCCACUGUUUGGACUUGAAAGCCCCCCAAAAAAGGACCAGCGGGCACGUACCCAGCUGCACCAGCACGCCGGCAAAGAGGAAGAAGGACUGCGAAACCACCUUCCUCCCGCUUUCCCUCAACCGUCGAACCUUCCUUCCCUCGCCCUCGUCCUCCGCCCUCUCCUCAACACCAAACGUGAUUCUCACGAGCCCGGUAACGCACGAGGAGAAUCAUGUCGACCCCGACAACGGCCACUGCGACACUGCCUCCUCACUCGCAUUAUCAUCAUCCCCAUUACCCCUACAACCAUCAGCCGUACCAGGCCUCUACUGCUACGGGCUCCUCAUACCGUCAGCCCGCAAACCCAAUCCUCUCCACUUCCUCCUCGACGGCGACGGCGACGGCGAGACUGCCUUCCUCGUACGCCAACUCGUCGAGCAUCGCGUAUUCUACCACUUCUACUGCCAGUCACGCUGGUCCAAAUGGCCUAGGCCCUCUAGCCUCGUCAGCCACUUCGAGGACCAUUCACGACUUUUCGAGUCCCGACGCGAACUACUCCGUUAACGCAAUGCCUACCAACUCACAAUCUCAGUCUUCCCAGUCAGGUCGCAAGCGACGCCGCUCAAAGGAGCCCGACUGGAACAAGUUCUACAAAAACGGCCUCCCCAAGGAAAUCAUCGUCAUCGAUGAUACCCCCGAGCCAGAGCAGGGCAAGGUUGUCGGCAAUGGCGUAAGGGUCGUGUCCAACGGCAACGGCAACGCCAUCGCCACCAACGGUGCCAGCAGUCGUCCUAUUCCCAAGAAGCGGAAACGAGACGACGAGCCUCAACCGUACGACCCUGUCUACCACAACAGCAAGUACGCCGCCUCCCACACAACCACUCCUCAUCACAACGGGACCCCCAGCGGCUCUACCAUUUCAACCGAUCGUACGACGAACUCGGCCAUCCAUACCACGGCUGCCACCUCACUGUCCUCGAACGGCCAGGAGUAUUACGAUGUGCAGCCCGGCCAAAAGAGGAAGAGGACUCGUCAGCAGAUCGCUCAAGAGGCGAAGAAGAGAGAGGUCGAAGGCCUUGGCGAUCCCUUCGUCAGCUACAAGCCGCCUCCCUAUCCUCCCAAGAAAGCCUCCGACGUGCACGUUCGUGUAGUUCAGGAUGCCGGCUACAACAAAAACGCUAAAGUCGACGAUGACGAUGGACACUACAUUGUCGUCCCCGAUGCAGACUUGACGAAAGAGUAUCAAAUGGUCAAACUUCUCGGACAGGGUACCUUUGGCAAGGUCGUCCAGGCUCGAGACCGAAGGAGGAACAAGUCGGUUGCGAUCAAGAUCAUCCGAUCGGUGCAAAAGUACCGAGAUGCAUCCCGAAUCGAGCUCCGAGUCCUGGCCACGCUUAAGGAGAACGACAGUGAGAACCGCAAUCGUUGCAUUCACCUGCGGGACUGUUUCGACUACCGCGGCCACAUCUGCAUCGUCAUGGACCUUCUCGGACAGAGCGUCUUCGAUUUUCUGAAAAGCAACAGCUUUGUGCCUUUCCCCAACAGUCAAAUCCAGAGUUUUGCCCGCCAGCUCUUCACCAGUGUCGCCUUUCUGCACGACCUCAAUCUCAUUCACACUGAUUUGAAGCCCGAAAACAUCCUUCUGUGCGACAGCGCAUACCAAACUUUUACGUACAAUCGAAAGAUACCCUCCUCGUCUACGACCGUGAACCGUCAGGCGAACCAGCGCCGAGUCCUACUGGACACUGAAAUUCGUCUCAUCGAUUUUGGCUCCGCCACUUUCCAGGAUGAAUACCACAGCUCCGUCGUAUCUACUCGCCAUUACAGGGCACCCGAGAUCAUCCUGGGCCUCGGGUGGUCUUUCCCCUGCGAUAUCUGGAGCAUAGGGUGCAUUCUGGUCGAAUUCUUCACCGGUGAUGCCCUCUUCCAAACUCACGACAAUCUGGAACAUCUUGCCAUGAUGGAGAUGGUCGUCGGUCAGAGGAUAGACUCUGGCCUUGUCCAAGCCGUCAACAAAAUGGCCACUCGGAGCGGCGGAAACCCAGCCUCCAAGUACUUCAAAAGGCUCAAGCUUGACUACCCCACGCCGGAGACGACGCGGGCUUCUAAGAGAUUCGUCAAGGCGAUGAGGCGACUAGAGGACAUUAUCCCUUCAAACACUACCUACUUCAAGAACUUCUUGGAUCUUCUCCGGAAGAUCUUUGUCUACGAUCCCCAGCACCGCAUCACCGCGAAGCAGGCGUUGCAGCACCCUUGGUUCAAGGAACCCGCGACACCGGACGAUGGGACCGAGGCCGCCAAGAUUCGCUUGGAACGAUUGAGACAGGAGCAAGAUCAUCGGCAUCACGCAUGAUUCUAGCAACUUGGCUGUCUCCAACCCUUACGUCUAUAACGAACAAAGUCGAGCAUGAUAUGGGAGUUGGGCCGUUUGAUAUCAGGUCUGUACGAUGGGGAGAUGGGUAUGGAAGGGCAUGGCGCUCGUGCGACUUGAUUUUUCUGGCAUGCACCUCGUCAGAGGCUAGCCUCAAUCUGCCUCUUAAUAGCAGGCUUGAUUGGACGCGGGUUUUUUCUUUGGGUUGUGUUUUAUGGGAUGGUUCCAGGUCAAACUUGCAGCAACACGGAGGAGUAGCAUGGACGAUCGAGCCACGCCCAGGGCAGCGUUGCUAGUAAAAUGAUGUCUCGGUGAGAGGGACGUCGCGCCUUUUCGCCAGGCCCAAUAGAGCGAUUUCUCUAGACUACCGCGAGCGUAUCUGGGCUCGUCGGCAACUCCUUCAGCUCUACCUGGAGUGACCCCCUGAUGGAUGACUUGGACUGGGAAAAAAAAGCCCAACAACUCGAACUCGCAGUUGUCGUUGGACGAUUCGGGGCAAGAUGAUGGGCCUAGCUUGUUCAGCUCCAACUGCCUGGAUCGUUCUCGGGCGUGCUCUUCCCCGGCGAUUCAGGAGUCAACCUGAGUCGCCCGCCUGAUCAAGUGCGAGGCCGGCACUUCCGUUCGCUCCCGAGAUGAAGAGAAUGGAAGCAUCGUUUUCAUCGAGAUUCUAGCCUUACCUUAGCCAAGCCGCAGGUCAUGAAUGAGGCAAUUAGGCAGGCAAUCUCGGGGCGAAACAA